GGCGGGGCGGGGGGGUGCGGGGGUGGGGGGGGUGGGGGGCACCCGCCCGCCUGCCCGCCCGCCCGGCGCCGCUCCCGGCACACGGAUUUACGGCGCGGACUGCAGCCCCCGGAGAGCCCCCCGCAGGGAUGGAGGGAUGCGGGUACAGCUGGGAGCGGCAGGAGCAUGGCACAGCCCCACAGGGAUAGGUGUGAAGGUGGUUCCUUGUGAGGACACAGCGGGACCCCUCCAGACCCCGGAGGAGCGUGGGGUCUCACUAGGAAGAGCAGAGCUCCCCUUCCUACCCUGCCGGCCAGGCCUGCCUCUGCGUUUCCAGAGAUCUGUACCAGGAUUUGGGGCUUGGAACCCGGAGGUGCAUUAGUGCUGUAGGAUCGCUGGAAAAGCCUGUCAAUGAUGGGGAACCCACCACGGAGGAGGGACGUCCCUCCAGGAGGCCCUGCACCUCUGUGAGCCCUGGCUGCUGGUGGCGGAGGGUGGCUGGGGCUGGGGACAGAGCUGCAGUCCUUGCAGGGCACGGCCACUGAACGGCGAAGACCUGGGGACAGGGUCUGCAGGGACAGCCUGGAGCCCCGGGAGAGUGGGGCUGCCAGCUGAGCCGCUGCUCCUCCAGGGACCUCUUCCUGGGGCUGGGGGACAGAGCAGCCCUUGGUCCCUGGGCUCACUGCGGAUGCCACCCUGUGCCCCACCGGUGGGACGGCUGCCCUAGCGCCAGCGCAGAAGGAGGACUGCUCAUCUCACCAUGGUGCUGCCGCCGCCUGACAAGCGCCAUGUCUGUCUGACCACCAUCGUCAUCAUGACCAGCAUGGCCUUCAUGGAUGCCUACCUGGUGGAGCAGAACCAGGGGCCCCGCAAGAUCGGUGUCUGCAUCAUCGUCCUGGUGGGGGACAUCUGCUUCCUCAUUGUGCUGCGCUACGUGGCGGUGUGGGUGGGUGCGGAGGUGAAGACAGCCAAGAGGGGCUACGCCAUGAUCCUGUGGUUCCUCUACAUCUUUGUGCUGGAAAUCAAGCUGUAUUUCAUCUUUCAGAAUUACAAAGCGGACAAAAAGAACCUGGAGACAGUGGCCAGGAAAGCCCUGACCCUGCUCCUCUCCAUCUGCGUGCCGGGGCUCUACCUGGUGCUGGUGGCCUUGGACAGCAUGGAGUACAUACGGACCUUUCGUAAGAAAGAGGACUUGCGGGGACGCCUCUUCUGGGUGGCCCUCGACCUGCUGGAUAUCUUGGACAUCCAGGCCAACCUGUGGGAGCCACACAGGACUGGCCUGCCCAUCUGGGCAGAGGGGCUCAUGUUCUUCUACUGCUACAUACUCCUCCUGAUCCUGCCUUGCGUGUCCCUCAGUGAGAUCAGCAUGCAAGGGGAGCACAUUGCCCCACAGAAAAUGAUGCUCUACCCUGUCCUCAGCCUGGUCACCAUUAACAUCGUCACCAUCUUCAUCCGGGCCAUCAACAUGGUCUUGUUCCAGGACAGCAGGGUCUCCACCAUCUUUAUUGGCAAGAACAUCAUCGCGAUAGCUACCAAGGCGUGCACCUUCCUUGAGUACAAGCGGCAGGUGAAGGAGUUCCCCCAGAACGCCAUUGCCCUGGAGCUCCAGCAGAACUCCCUCUCCCACAAUCAGACCAUCCACAGCGUACAGGGCAUCCCCCACGAGCCAUCGCCCACCAGCGAGAUCCUCGACACAUGAGGGUUCACCCCCAGCCGAGCGUUGGUUCAGACAGUCCCGUGCCGAGCAGAGGAGGGAUGCUGCGCUCUUGCUGCGUGGGGCGAGCGCAACGGACAAAUCCCAGCAGCGAGGGCUCUUCUAGGCACAAAACACCAACCAUGUUUUAAUUGAGCUAUGGAGUGUCCCCUAGAUAUCUUCAUCUCAGGUAUAACCCUAGGAGUCCUCCAGACAAACCAAAUGAACUUGCGAAGGACCUGAACCAGCUAACACCCCCCCCCGCCGCCAACUACUCCCCUCCCCAGCAAAGACCACUGAGGUUGCAAUGUCCCUUUUAACUCCUCGAGCACCGCACCUUUACUCCAAGCCUGGAACGAAGAUUUUGUUACCGGAGACCUUUUUAUGGAGUGGGGACAGGGGCAUAGGUGUAGGGGUUGGGGGGGGGCGGGGGGAGGGUGGGAUGUUUGAAGCAGUAAACCCUGUGAUCGUAGAUGUCUCUUAUCUCCAGUGGUUGUGUUUACAGUUUCCUAUUUAUAACGGCUCCCGGGCUGCACCGGAGGCCGGUGUCCUUGCGGUCAGCGGUGGGUGAGAGCAGCAAGCCCUGUGGCGGGGAGCGGGGCCGGCAUGGUCCCCCCACCCCAGGAGGAGGAGGACUGUGCCUCGACCAGCGCACUAUGCCAACUCUGCUGGGAGCAAUAUUUGAUGAGCUAAAACUAACCCGAUGCCGGUGUUUUACGCAUUUCAUUCGCUCCAAACAACUCAGCACAAUAUUUCUAUUUUUAGGAGGGUCUCUCCCUGUCUGUCUCCCCACCGUUGCAAGCCUCCCUGCCUGCAGCGGCCCCCCCGGCACUGCUGCAGGCAGGCACAGGCCCCCAGGAGGGCUUAAGUAAUAAGGAUGGCGACGAUGCAUUUCACUCCGGCAUCGAGCGUUUAUAAAGAGGGCUGCUUUCCACAGCUACUAUAUUUUUAAAAUAAAAGAUUUCGGAAAAAAAUAAAUAUAUAUAAAAAAUCCCAACCCAAAAAAUAAAGAGCCAGGAAGGAUGUGCUGCCCCGGGCAGGGGGGGCGGGCUCAGGGCUGGGCAUGGGUCUCCUCCGCCAAUGUAGGUGGUGGCGAGGGGCUUGGCUGGCCGUGGGCAGCAGGGUGGGAGACGAGGGCCAGCUGGACAAUAAAAGCCCCAUGAGAGCAAUGGCUUCUGGUGGUCUGUUUUCUGGAGGGGGGCAGCUUGGGGAGCAGCUCCUGUAUGGUCCGAAUCAUUUGUCUCCUCCUAUGUCCACCUCCCUAGAAGUCCGUCCCGAGGCGCUGUGCCCUUUACUCAUCGAGCGGUGGGCGCAGAAAGCAAAUACAUCAUUUUUCCAGCUGAAAUGCUGCCCCAGGGGUUGGGCACCUCUCAGCUGCCUUCACCUGGCAGGAGGCACAAGGGAGAAAAGCAGAAAAGCUGCAUCUCAAACAUCCUGAAAUAGGGCAUCUUUUGCAUUUUCUAAACCAAACAUUUCAUUUUGAGGAGAUAGAAUAAAAUGCCUGAUGCCGCUUACAUUUCUCUUCCACCUUUUCCUCCUGGCUCCGCUUACCAAAUUUGACCUAAAUCCGCAAAUCAUUUUAGUCUCCCAUCUUUUCAGCCCAUCAUGAUCUGUCCAAAGCAUUCCACUCAGUGCCGAGCCAGCCUUCCAAAUUUAGGAGCGGCCCAUUGUCACAGCCCUGCCAAACUCUCCUUGCCCCCGCUGUCACCC